UGAUGUUUUCAUUUUAGUUAGGAGCUAGUUGAAACUACUGUAUUACGGGCGGGCUGAUGUAAUAUUGGGGGUUAAAAUUUUAUCACAGUGGUGUUUUGCUCUGUUACAUUUUGUAUGAAAUUAAAGUACUCUUUGAUAUGACUGCUAAAAUUCGAUUAAAGUAUAAUUUUCACCGUUGAUAAUACAAAUCUAACACAUAGUAGGUAUUGUAAAUGCGAUAGGUUAAAUUUGCUUCGAUGUAUCUAGCUGUAGCCGAAAUUCAACAAAAUAAAUAAAUGUGGCAUGUUCUAAAGGUAAUUUUCGAUACUUAUUUAUGGUAAUCAUUGAGCUCAAAUUUGAUAAUGUCCCUAAGUUUUGAAUCCUCAAAAGGAGUGGAGGAGAAAACUACUCCCGUGAUUCAGAGAGUUUCACCUAGAACUAUUCCUGGAAUCCUUUCCUCUGCAAAUAAAGGUGCCAUCGAUUGGGGAUGGCAGUCAUUCAUAGCAUAUGGAUGUCACAACCACGUAGUUAUUAUUGAUACACAACAUGUUAAGGUCUUUCAAACCUUGGAGAAACAUACUAGUGACAUUGUGAAGGUAAAAUGGGCUCAUGAAAAUUAUUAUCAUGAUUUAACUCAUCCUUACACACUGAAACUGGCAUCUGCUGAUGCCAGUGGAUUAAUAGUGGUAUGGGAUGCCAAAGAUGGAAGAACAAUUUCUACUUUCUCUGAAACUGGAAAACCAGCAUCAGAUAUUGAUUGGCUUUCUGGUAGAGACAAUUGUCAGCAUUUAUUAGUUGGUCUCCAUCCUCCCUAUUCUAUGAUUUUAUGGAAUACUGAAUCUGGAACCAAGUUGUGGAAGAAAUCAUAUACAGAAUCACUUUUCUCAUUUGCUUUUGAUCCAUUUUCGGAAAGUAAUAUAACUUUUUUAGCUUCUGACUGUAUAUUAUUUGUCGAUGAUUUCAAUGUUCAUAAAACUCCCUCAAGCAAUGGCAGAAAAUUCUACAUAUCCAAUCCUACAACUGCCUCCUCAUCAUCAAGUAGCACUUCUUCAGAUGAUAGAAACAAAGCAGCUUCACGUAGCACAAUCACAAAGAGGAUGUGGCUUUUAGCUAAAGCAGAUUCUCGUGCAAGUGAAGAAGGAGUGACUCUUCAGGAAUGUUUAAAUCUGACUUAUCAUAAAUCCUACCGUCAUCACCUCCUGUUAUUGUAUCCAAAAGAAAUACUCAUUUUAGAUUUAGAAAUCAACCAGACUGUAGGAAUAGUAUCAGUUGAACAUACAGGUUCACCUAUGAUGCAGCUGUUUUCUUGUAGACAGAGGGAUGUGUUUUACAUUCUUCAUGAGUCAGGUAGUGUGUCUUUUCGUCUGCGGCAUAGAGGACGUAAUCAAAUUGCAGUUGCUACUCCAUGUGAAUGUUCAGAUACAGGUGUGAAUUCAAAUGAUGCUAGCUUGGAAGUAACUUAUGACCUCCAGUGUCAGUCUGAUGCUUUAAGACUCACAAAACAUGCAAAAAUAACUGGAAUGGCUGUUUGCCCUCUCAGUGAAACCAAAAUUGCCUUACUGGUCAGUGACGGUAGGAUUUUAUUUUUGGAAGUUGCAGCUAUGCAGAAGAAAGAAGAAACUUGUUGCUUGCCUCCUUAUUUAUCUUCAGUAUUAGAUCGAAAUUUAUUUUCAAAAAGUGAAUCUGAAAGUACGACCGAGAAGGCAUCAUUGCUGCCUUUGCCAUCUGUAGCUCGGCAUCCUGUUAGUACACUUUCUGAUCAAAUCUCUCCUGCUCUCUAUCACAAUGAAAUGUUAGGCCUAAAAACACUAAAAAAUGCAAGAUUCAAGAUUUUCCUGUCUGGUAAUCUAAGUGUUUUAGCUGCUCCACCUCAUGUCAUAAGAAUGUGUCCACCAGUUACAUUCCGGAAUUGGGCUGUAUAUAAACCCUUUAUGGCAGUUGGUAAUGCUGGUGGAAGCAUUCAAGUAAUAAAUAUGGCAACUGGAGUUAUUGAAAAGGAAUAUGCCCUUCAUACUUCUCCUGUUAGAGGAAUAGAGUGGAUAGGUCUGACAUCUUUUUUAUCAUACUCUCACCCAAAUACUGUAAACAGUUCUGGCCAUGUGCGAAAUGAGUUAGUCUUAACCGAUCUGCAAUCUGGAAGAACAAAAUCCUUACGUGGAGAGAAAAAUGAAGAAUCUCCUAUUGAUAUGAUUCGUGUGUCUUAUCUCAGGCAAUAUGUUAUCGUUGCUUUUAAAGAGGAGCCAUUUGAAAUAUGGGAUCUUCGUCAACUUGUUCUUCUACGAGUCAUGCCUAAAAAUUUCCCAAUAGUAACUGCUCUUGAAUGGUCACCAGGAUAUUUUAAAAAAACUCAUUCAUCAUUAGACUUGUCAUUCGACAAAGGAAAAGAUUCAAACACUCCGACAUUAGAUUGUCCAUCUGAAAAUUUUAUUACUCCCAAAACUGUUACUUAUACAAAAGAACAUUUAGUGUUUACUGACACCAAUGGCCAACUGUAUCAUUUUUCCAUUGAAGGCAAUGUUGUUAAGCAUGCUUCUGUGAUGCCUGCUGAUCAAGCUGUAGGUAGUGUGACCUGCAUUGCAAGAAAAGGAGAUUAUAUAGUCUUAGGGGAUGUUGACGGGAAUUUAAAUAUUUGGUGUUUAAAGGGAAAUAUUUCAAAAGGUAUUUCUACACACCGUGGAUGGAUAAAGAAAAUUCGUUUUGGUCCUGGUAAGGGCAAUAUGAAAAUCCUGGUUUUGUUCAAUGAUGGCGUUGAUGUCUGGGAUGCAAAAGAUGUAACUUUUAUUCAUCAAGUGAGAUGUCCACGGGAAAUGCCUAAAAUACAGGAUAUAGAUUGGGUGGGAUCAGACAGACCAGUUUUAGCUACAGUAGAUGGAUGUCUGAGAGUGACUGAUAUUAUGAUAAAGCUUAGUUCUUCUCCCAUACAUGACUACCAACCAUCUGAUUUCCCUUUUGCUCCCAGUGUUUUAUCACCUAAAGUAUCAUUUUAUAUGAAAAGUUUUUUACAUCAUAUACUUUGGAAGCAGAAAUUUAAUACAGACAUUGAUCAGCAAGAUGACUCAGAUAUGAUUUGGGCUGAGGAGCAACUGGAGUCUUUAGAUGAUGAAUUGCGUCAGUUUCUGAAAUUUUGUCCAUUUGGUACAGCAGAGCGUUCUCUUCAUGUAUCUAGAAUAUUUGGUGAUCAAGAAGGCUGUGUUUUUUGGACUGUAUCACUUCAUUUUCUGAAGCAAGCAAAAUUUCAAUUAUUAGAAUCAACAGCCAAGUCUGAUGAUCACUUAAAUAAGCAGAACAUAAAACAAAGAAAUCCUGAAUUAUUUUUUGAUCAACCUUUAGACACAGGAUUUGAUUCCUUUUGCGAUAAUGAUGUUUACAAGAAGCUGCAGUUGGAUCGAGUAAGACUGCAUUUAAGCAAACGAACAACCUACAGUCAAACUCAGCAGUGUGCAGAACGUCUUCUUCUGCUUGGGCAAACUGAUCAAGCAGUUCAGCUGCUACUUGAAACUGAAUCUGAAAAUGAUAAUUUUUAUGUAGAUAGUCUCAGAGCAUGUUUAAUAGCAACAAUACAAUCAUCAGGAACUUCACAAUCCAUUAUUAAAUUAGUAUCAACAAAUCUUAUUGCAAGUGGACGCAUAUCAGAAGGUGUGCAAUUACUUUGUUUAAUAGAAAAGGCUUCAGAUGGUUGUCGCUAUCUUCAAGGAGCAGGGCGUUGGGAUGAAGCAAUCUGGCUAGCAAAGGCUACAUUGUCAGAGAAAGAAAGUCAAGAGAUCUUAAAAAGAUGGGUUGAUUAUUUGUGUUCUACUGUGAUGGAUCAAAAGAAUAAGGGAUUUUUAGUGUUGCUUUCAAUGCAUGAAUUUUGGAAAGUUGUGAAACUAUUGCAUUCUUCACACAUGAUUGAAAGAGCUGCUCUCUUCUUGCAAUCUUGCUUGGAAUUUGGAAUACUUACCAAAAAUACAGAAAAUUCGAAAGAAAUUGAUGCUAUUUUUAUGGAUUAUUCAAGAUACUUGCUGGCAAUUAAGAAUCGAACUUCGGCUAUACACUACUGUAAACUAGUAUCAGACAUAGGUGAUGAUCUCAGAAAGCAAUUUCAGUUUAUCUCUGAAGAUGUUUAAGUUUUGAAAUUGUAUAAUGAUGAUAAUUUAUAUUAUGUUUAGAGUAGCUAUGGUCAAACUUUGAUUGUAGAUAACUUUGAGUUUCACUCAUUGAAUGUUACCAUAUAUGUUAAUAUAAAAUUGCUUAUUGAAAAGAAAUGGAAUCAGUCAUAAUGUGAUACACUUUCAGAAAAUUCCAUUUUAUGUCUUUUAUUUAGUAUUAUUAUGCAAAGAUUAAUCUUUAUAUUAUAAUAAUAUAUGUUUUUAAUGUUUAUAAUUUGAUAAUAAUCGCAUGUACAAUAUAAUCUACAUAAUUUAAUUAUGUACAUGCUAACAUUAAAUAACUAAAUGGAAAUUCAUAUAGGAUUUCCAUUUAGUUGUUUAAUAAAUGUGUGGAUAAGAAGACACAUCAAUAACUGUGAUUAUUUUACUCUUUUACGUGUUAAAAGUUGGUUCAAAUUAAAUAACUGAACCUUUUUUUUAGAUUGCUAAUUCCAACAUAAAUUUUAAUUAUUGAAUUGAAACACAGAUUACUAGUUCUCUGAAUAUAGAGCCUGCAAAGUUCUCAUUAUUGUUUUUAAGACAAUUUGAGACUUUUUUGCCCCCUUUAUAAAAAUUUCAAAAUAAACAACCUGCAGCUUUUGUUAAAAAAUACUUUUAUUGCACACUUUUUUCUUUUUUGUCUUUAUUAUUAAAUUUGUUACUUCAUACUAAUUGGUUAUCCCUCGACAGAUUUUUAUUCUUCAGACAGUGAUAAUCUUAAUUUAGAAAUACAAAUUUGGUUACUUAUUCGCAGUGUACAGAUUAGCUAUGAAUUUUCAGUUAGAUGAUUAAAUUUUUAUGCUUAACAUUUUUAUAGUUUAUAAAAUUUUUCUAUGAGUUUAAUUUUUUUUAAUUAAAUGAAAAGUAUAUAGAUUUUUGGUGGAAUAACUAUUUUUUCUUCAGAAAUGAAUAAUUUUAAAUGUUUAUUUAUUUAUUGAGUUUAUGAAAUUCUUACAUGUCAAAUAGUGAUGAAGCUAUUAUAAGUAUCAGAAACUUAUGCCAAGUAUAACAUAUUAUGAACAAAAAAUAUUAUUUAAAAAAUUAUUCUUAUUGUAUCCAUCAAAGCAUAUGAAAUGAAAAUGAAUAGGUUUUCUGCAUGUCUUGAUUUCUAAUGAAUAUGACCAUUCAAACAUUGGUCAUAUUAGAUAUAUCCAAUAUCAUGUUAGAUACAUCCGAAUAUAAAAUUAAUGUUAAACUAAAAAAGUAUUUUUUUUGUAGCUUUAAUCCUACAUUUAUAAUUUAUUUUCAAAAGUAUACACAAAUUGCAUAAGCUAUCAUAUGCAUCCACAAAUAUAUAUAAUUUGAAAUUAUUUUUAAAUUUCACAUAAUAUAUUCAUUCAAUUAGUUUUGGAAAAGAGUAAUUAUUUUUUUGUUUUUAUAUAACUUGUUUUAUCUGUUAAACUCAGUAGUGUAAUAAAUUUUGCUUAAUACAGUUUGACAAAAUUAUUUCUUUACAUCAGGGUUUGCAUUCCUUAUUUGUAAGUAAAUCAUAUGCGGCAUAUUCCAUAUGAAUAGACCUUAUUAAUGAGCUAAAAUUUUUUGUCUACAGGUGUUUAGAACCAGAUUUAAUUAAAAUGUUCCAUUUUACAUUUAAAAAAGAUACUUGUAACAUGAGAUUGCAGUUUGACAAACUAUCUUAAAUGAAUAUUUUUUAAAAGAAAAUCUCCCAGUUCCUUAUAAAAGCAGAAAACUAGUUGAAUAAUUAAUUCAAUAUCCGUUUCUUGUUUAUGUCUUAUUUCCUGUUAAUAUUAAUUUAUUAAAUCAGGUUUGAUAAGCUGUACAAUAGCUCUGUAAAAAGAAACUUUUUCCCUUAGAUAUUAAAAACUAAAAGAAUUUAUCUUUUUUCUGUAAGUAUGUUUAAAAAUUUUUUUUUUUUUAUUUUCAUUUUUCUUAGUAUGAAAUACAGUUUUCUUUCUGAAUUUCAAUGCAGAGUUAUUCAUAUCUUUCAUUUUAAUUAAAAAUUUUAUAUGUUCUUAUAACAUAGAUUUUUACAUAGUAAUCAUACCUUUAUAGAUUUUAUUUUUUAAGUGAUAAAUCAAAGUAUGACAAAAUUUUUUUUGUUAAAAAAUACAGUAAAAUCUCCAUUCCUAAAUCUAAAAUUUUUCCAUCCGUCAAAUUAAAUUUUUUAGGUAUUUAAUGACAACAAAUGGUGCAAAAUUUACCCCAAAUUCCAAAUUUUGUAUAUGUGUGCAGGAUUUAUGUCCGUUAUGUACAAUACCUUAUUGGGAGUAUGAUACAUUUCAUAAGGUAACUUGCCUGUAAAUAUGGCUGAAAUCAUUAUUUCUGUAUUUAAUUGACAUGUACUCUUUGUACCAAUCAUCAGUACAUUCCUUAUGUUGUUUUAAUAACAAAUAUCUAUUUUUCUAACAUAUGUUUCUAGUCAGCAAUAAAAAAUUACAAAUGUA